AGAAAAGAAGCCAUCCAUCUAAAUCAACUGCCUCUCCACGUCCCUCGUUUCUGCCUCCGCCAGCCUCCACCCCCAUCCCUUCCAUUGUGUUGUGCCUUUUCGGUUUAGCCCCGCUUCUUGUCUAAGACCUUAACCCAGUUUGUAGCGGGAGGGAUUACUGAGAAUUUCUGAACCCCGAGUUGCAAUGGAGCUGUACGGAAAGAUGGCCUCUGCCCAAGAUGCCAGGUAUGGCCAGAAAGACUCAUCUGAUCAGAACUUCGACUACAUGUUCAAAUUGCUUAUCAUCGGCAAUAGCAGUGUGGGGAAAACUUCUUUUCUGUUCCGUUAUGCGGAUGACUCCUUUACAUCUGCAUUCGUCAGCACGGUUGGGAUUGAUUUCAAAGUAAAAACUGUGUUCAAAAAUGAAAAGAGAAUCAAGCUUCAGAUUUGGGACACAGCAGGCCAGGAAAGAUACAGGACAAUCACUACAGCCUAUUAUCGUGGGGCCAUGGGCUUUAUUUUAAUGUACGACAUCACAAAUGAAGAAUCCUUCAAUGCAGUACAGGAUUGGUCAACUCAAAUCAAAACGUACUCUUGGGAUAAUGCCCAGGUUAUCCUGGUUGGGAACAAGUGUGACAUGGAAGAUGAGCGGGUCAUCUCAACCGAGAGAGGCCAACAUUUAGGAGAACAGCUUGGGUUUGAGUUUUUUGAAACAAGUGCCAAGGAUAACGUUAAUGUCAAGCAGACAUUUGAGCGCCUUGUGGAUAUCAUCUGCGACAAAAUGUCAGAGAGUUUGGAGAACGAUCCGGCCAUCACUGCCGCAAAGCAGAACACAAGACUCAAGGAAACCCCUCCUCCACAGCAGCCCAACUGCGGCUGUUAAUAUCCCCGGGCAGGCAGCUCCGGAGAGGGGAGGGUUGGUUGCCAACAAACAGCAUUUGAAAAUGAUCUAUUAGCCUUCAUUUAUACUGCCUAAUAAUUAUUUGAGGGAAGUCUUUGAUGUCAAUGGCUCAUAUAUGCAUUCAAUUCUUGGGAGAUUUCCUGUGUUAAUAUGUGGCAAAUACAUGAUCUUUAAUUUAUGAGGACUAUCCAUCUAUAAACAUAUAGUAUUUGCAUGUGACUAGUUAUUUAUUUGUCUUCUAAACUCUUUUUAUUUCAAAGUUCUUCUCCACUAAGCUACUGCUGUGACCUCAGGCUAUAAUUUCACUACUACUGAUUUUUGUGCCACGGAUUCCAAUUAUGCUAUUCACUUGUAGGAGUGAUGACCAAGCAAUUGUUUGGGGAGUGGCCAUCUCAGGAGACUUCAUUUGCUUUACUCUUAACUGAAAAUCACAUGGAGAAUAAUUGGGGAGAAUAUCAUGGGGCUGGUUACUUUACUUUUCAGGAUGUGUGUCUAUUUUUUGUUGUUGCUAAUAACUGAGGAGAUGACUAAGUACAAAGAAAUUGAAAUAUUAUUUUUUAAGGCCCUUGCAAGUUUGCUAAGGCAUUAAUAUUAACCUGAGUUAAUAUUAGCUACUGACCGGAACUAUAUUUAAAUAAUAAUCUUAGUGUAUGUGUUCAAAAAAGCAAUUACCCUCAACCAAGACUACUAUUUCCCCUCUGAAUAUUUGAGGGCAUUGAGCAGACUGACAGGUAUCUGCUGAAUGAAACAAGGAUAUGAAGAGCUGUAGUAUCCCAUGAGCAACCCCCAUUUCCUUAAUGACCUGCCCUCCACCCUCACCACCACCACCACAGCCACUUUCUGGGAACCAUCACCAACUCUUGGUGUAGAGGCUGUGUUGAAGCCUGCCAGGUUUCCUCUUCCAUAGGAUGUAGCCUUGCUUCCCCAGGCGCUGUUUUCCUCUCAACCUUCAGCUAAAUUAUCUUCCCUAAUUAGACGUUAUUUAAACAAUAUCUCAGUGGGUCCCAGGAUGAGGAAAAGCCCAUUUUCAUCUCUAAUCUUUUUCAAUCCAGGUGUUUUUCAUUCUAAAGAGUACUCCCAUGAUGUAAGCCUCCAAAUGCGCUUGGUUAUUCUGAGACUACUUUCUGGAGCUGAUAGUUACAGAAGCACUCUGGGUGCUAUAAGCAAUUUGAGAGGGGAGGGAAAUCAUUUGAACACCCAGAUUUUUUUAGUCCAGAUUUCCUGAAGACUGUAUGUGACUAACAAAUUUUACCAGCUAUGCUGAGCACUAUAGGGAAAGAUAGUGUCUGUAUUAUUAUCUAAUAUUAUUUACAACUAGAAUUUUAAGAAAGUGGCAGAUGCUGUUUGACAGAUUUGGAAAAACAAUUCCAUUGGGUGGCUUUUCCCUUUUAUGGCGGUCAUGCUAUUUUUUUUUUCUCUUUUCACAAUAAGAGAUGCUUCACAUGAAAGUAUUGGAUGCAAGUUUAUUGGGCAAGGGUAUUGGGAAGUAUUCAUACAUCUAAAGACAUAUUAUGGAGAAUAAUUGCUGAUAUGUCCGAGAGUGAUGUCUCAUAUACUUUAUUAUUAAGUUAGAAGAUGAAAAUUACAGAAAAGAGCAUUUGGGAUGUUUUAACUAUAUCCAAGUUAUUUCUCACUUACUUAGCUUAAGAUUCCACUAAUUGGUAAUAAAUUUCCACUUUGGUGCCCUGCAAGGGAAGCCUUACUUAGUGAAGACAGGAAACAUUAAUGUUUUAUUAGGUUUUUAAUGGGACAACCAACUUCAAAAUCACAGAAGUUAAAGUGAAGGGAAAAGCAGGGGGCAGGGCAUAAAAGCAGAUUUGUUUCUAACAGUAGCCCUAGUUUGCAGGGCAUUGUAGUAUUUUGAUAUCCUGGGUUAGAAUGUGGGCAUGUUAAAUGAUAUAGCUAUUAAGCUCAUUUUUAUGUAUAAGAGCCAGGAAAAACUUCCUGUCCUCCCUCACAGCCUCCAUCCCACAAGUACACACAAAUGUAAAGAGCCAAGAUACGACAUUUCAGAUAACUUUUUCACAAGGAUCAUGAUCUGUGUAUUAUUACACAAGAACAAAGCAAAAUGGGAGAAGGUAGAAAAAGGAAAGGGAAAGCGUUGAGUUUUGCUCUCUUGAAAACCCCUUCCCUGAGGAACUGAUUGUUACUGAAAUUAAUCGGCUGUUAGACCAUAAGCCCUAAGCCAAGUGUCCAUUACAGUGUCAAACAUGCCAAAGUUUAACUGUUUUAUGCCAGUCUGGGUAGCAUGAUAUCAGAAAUAGCCUGAGUGUCAUUGCUAGACAACAUGCAACACUUUCUAUUUCCCAACCUCCACUGGAAGUGGAGACUUCCUACUUGAUUCUCAGUUCUGCAGCUCACACCCUGCCGGGAAUUCCAUUCCACAUAACUGAAUGGGAAGUUUCCAGAUAGGAUUGUCACAGACUCAAGUAAAAGAACGCAUGUCCCCACUGUACGUGGGAAGUGAGAAUAGUCUAUUCCUAAGCUAAUCAGGAGAUCCUGGUUUUAAAGUCAAUCUUGGCAAAUAGAGGACAAGCUUCUAUCAACAUCAAGCUAUUUUACUGUGAACUACAAUAUUUAGUACCAAAGUUUCUCAAUCUUUUGGCCUCUAUGAACACACUAAACCUUCUGCAGUCUCUCCAUCUGCCAACUGCCUAAGUAACCACCAGACAUUUUUACCAAUGCCCAAACUAAAUUAGUAUUUAAGAGAACAAGACACCUUACCGGUAUAUGCUUGUAUUUGUUCGUAAAUCUUAGACACCCAUCUUGUGUUGUCUUUGAUGCAAUUAAAUUAGUGUUUCAAGUAUGAAUUUCUCUGCCACUCAUAUUCUCAUCGCCAGCACCCCUCCAAUGAUUUGUUAGAAACAAACAUUGAUGGUUUUGAGCAGAUCCUUCCAAGAGCUUUGAUGUUGGUUCAUUCCUUUUGUUUCCAAAUGCAAUUGAAAAAUUGGACUGCAGAUUAUCUCAUCUAAACAGCCAUCUUCAGAGUGGAUCAGCAUUUCAGGCUUGGGGGAUGUGAAUGUAUGUAGAAGGUGUAUGAAAUGUCCUAAGUCCUAAAACGGCAGUUCAAGAGUUAACAUCACAUCUACGAGCUCAUAAGAAAAAUGAAUCAGUUCAUUGCUUCUGUUCCCGCUGAACAGCUUCUACUGCCUGGAUGAACUUCUAAAGACUGUGAGAACCAGGAGUUUUUAGUUUCACUGGAUGUCAGUAUUCCUUUGCUGCCUGGUUAGUAUGAUUAUGCCUUCAGUUGUAGCAGAAUGCUACAGCACUGUUAUGAUGAAUGUGAAAUAUAAAUUCUACAAAAUUACAACCCAAAUUAUAUAGGACAUCAAUAUGUUCCAUAAAGAAAGAUUUAUUUUACCUACUUAACUCUUAAUCUUUAAUUUUAAAAUUAAUUCUAGUCCUUUUUGUUUAGCAUUUUGUUUAUUUGUUAAAAGUCAGUUUAAAUUUACAAUUUUAACUACAUCCAUGCUGAGAAUAAUAGAUUUUCAGGUAUACAGUGUACUUUUUUAAAAGUAGAACACACUCCACUGUUAACUGAACUUUCAUGAAGCAACACUAAUUUUGGAAUGUGAUAGCCCACAAUCAGUGGUUCAUUGUGACAAUAUGUAUCUUAGUCCAUGGUGAAGACAUACUAUGCUAUAUUUUAGUCAAAUGGGUGGCAUUUGUGGGACUAUAUUAAAAAUUUAUUCAAACGCUACCAAGCUACACAAAGCUGAGGUAGCAGCUGCAUGUGAAAAACUGAUACACAUCUUAAAGUCCUGAUGAAAACCAUUCUCAACCAAAAGGUUGCUCUGGUUUGUUUAUUUUUAUAGUUUUAUCAGAAUGCUCAGUUGGGUAUUUUGGGCGUGGCAGACCUGGGAGCUGGCCUGUCUUUCUUUCUGAAGUACAGUUCACAUGACUGGUAACUGGAACAAUUUGUUCCUGUGCAUGGGCACGUGCUCUUGCUCAGUGUGAGAUUUCAGGUUCCACGUGAGCCACGAGACAGUGGCCUUCCCAAUCACCCUGAGAAGAUGUGCUUUCUCCAGCUGUGCUUAGCUCUGCCUAGCUCUGCCUGUGUGUGUAUGCAACUUGUGCUUGAGUUAGUUUGCUAGUAAAAUGGUGAAGUCUUUCUGUUGUGCCCAACCUUUUAGUAUUAGGGUCAGCUUUGUAGAGUUUUUUAUAUUUUAGGUGAAUUUUUGACCAAAAUCAGCAAAAAAUAUAAAUUUGUUUUGUAUCUCAGAAUGAAUUGGGAAAAAGUGGUUAAAAGAUGAAGUUUAUGACUAGAGAAAAACAUCUUUACUCUUACAUUGCACCUAAAGGGCUCUAGGUUCUAGAAAUACAGUAUGCCUCUAAGGGGGCAAAAACAGGUCUGGGGAAUUUAUCUAAAGUGUGUCUUCCUAUUGUUAUUGGUACUUCGUGAAUAAAUGUAGCUUUUUUUUUUUCCUUAAAAGAUAAUAUUUACAGACAUGCUUGAGACUUCAGCCAAAUAAUGUUUACCUUUGGUAGAUUAAAAUAUUUAUUCUUGCACCACACAUACAGUGCUGCCCUCCCAACACACACACACUCACACACAGAUACCUUUUGUGAGGAAGGGAAAAUUCCACAUAUGGUGCUUUCUCAGUGCUAGAGGAGAGGGAGUGAUUGCUAUGUUCCGAUUGUAACUCACAUCUUAUUUUAAAAGAUCCAUGAUAUAGGUUCUCUGCACCAAUUUAAUUUGAUUAGCCUGUGAGCCUCUGCAUAUAAUUAAUCCCAUUUAAACAGAGGGUGGAGAGGGUGGAGAGAAAAGACAUUUUAUAUAAACAUUCUAGAAAACAGAAAUGAAUUAUUUCAAAUCCUUCGCCAGUACUCGAGUAUUAAGCUCAUACUAUCUAGUGAAUGAGCAGAUUGAACUUCACAUUCUCAGUUCUUUUCUACUUCCUGGUGGUUUUUUGUUUGUUUGUUUUUCUUUGUUUUUAUCAUUUCAGUUUUUUAAAUUACCAUCCUCACAGAAAGAUAGGACCAAGAACAGGAAAUGAGACUCAAGUUCACCACUUAACUCCUAUCAGCAACUAUUAUUGGUGGGGUUUCAACCAGUCAUUACUUGCUAAAAUGAGCUUUGGGGGUUACCUGUGUGUUUCAUUCACUUGUGUUCAUACUUUUCCUUCAUUGUAGACAACUGAGAGUGGGCUUUUUUUCUUAAUGGAACCAUUUCCUGUGUUCAUGCUGUUUUGGGUUAGAGAUUGCUUUGGUUCAUGAAUGCUGUUCUUAAAGACACAGAUGGUACAUGAGCCACACCGAACCUGGCCUUUCAGGGACGUAAGUGUGACCCACAUCCAUCUAGUAGUUUCAUACUGCUUCUUGUGAAAGUAAAGUCUGGGGAUUGUUUGCUGUAUCAAUAUGAUGGUUUUCAUGCAUUAUCUCAUCAUCCCUAGGAUGUGUGCUGAAUGAAGACUGCCCUGUAAUUCCUGUUUUUUAUAUAUUGUUAUGUCAGACGUGAUGUGAUACCGUUGGACUGUCCAAAUGUACAACUAUUUAAUGGUGUUUGUGGAACUGAAAUGUCUUAAAUGUUGCAUGAAAUAUGUUAUAAAAAAUAGAUUUGUUUUCUGUUUUUCAACACCUCAGAAUUGAGGGUUCAUGGGCCAAUAAGUGCAAUAUUUAAUGACCUACUCAGUGUAUAUAAACUAGUGUGAAAGAGUGAAUUAUAAUGAAUGUGUGAGAUGCUCUGAUGGCUGUGUGAUUUAUUCAAAUGAUUUCUCAUAGCUGUAUUUGUCUAGUGGUGCAAUUUAUAUGGUAAAUACCUUAUUGGUGUCAUGUGAAUCUCCUCUGUGCCUGUUAAAAGUACUUUUUUUCCCUAUAAGACCAAAAGUUUAGAUUCUGCAAAUAUAUGUCAAUUUUACCUUUUAGAAUUGUGGAUUUUGUUUUCCAGACAGAAUGGCUGUUUAAUUUUUUAGAUGCACUCCCUUCUAUAAUUCAGAAUUCUCCUUAAGCUUCUUAUAAGGAUGUACAUUUUAUUUUCCAACACUAAUUUAAAUACCUAAGAAAAAUAUGCACAUAAGGAAAAGUUACUUUUUUCUUCUCAGAAAGGCUGAUCACAUGCUCUGUCUACUAAGCAUUUUCACUCUUGUAGUUGUGUGUGUAUUUUAUUGUUCCUCAACAGUGUAUUUUGUUUGCAAAUUUAAUACUGUCAACCCUAGGAAUCCCAAUGUCUUUUUAAGUGGUAGCUAAUUUUACAUUCACUCUUGAUUCUCAAUUGUCCACACUGGUGGUAUAGGAGAAACAAAAAUCAGAAUCCUAAAAUCACUUCGGAAUGUCAUCAUAAACUCACAUGUUCACCCUGAAACCCCCUUGGCUAAUCCCACAGUUGGAGACCUUUAACUUCACAGAGUGGCAUAAGCAAGAAAUGAGGCCUAAUUUCAGGAUUACCAAAAGCUGUAAAUGCUUAUGUAUAUGAAGUUUAAAGCAGGUCAACCACUGUAACCUCCUAUUUGCCAUUUCAUUUUUUAAGGCAAAGCACUCAUUUUGAUAUGUGCUUUGCCUUUUUAUUUUAGUUAGCAGAGUAAGCCAUGAUACACUUAGGAUGAAGAACAAGGUAUGAGUUAUUGACUAAAAAUGACGGAGAGUAAUUGGUUCCAGAUGACCAUGGCCAUGAAGCCUUCAAUCCUUGCUUUGGCACUGGGCCUGACACUGACAUGUGAGGAGGUGCCAGUUAUAUUAAAAGAUGUAGGACAACCAUGCGUGAUGUGUGGCCCUAUCUUAAAUAUGAUGGCCUGACACUUGUAGUCAACUCUCAAAACCCACUGAAGAAGUCAAGUAAAGGUGGGAGAAACAGAGAGAUUAGUGAGGACUUUGUGCCAAAUUAAGAAAAGAAAAACGGAAGCGAGUAGCCAACAUUAGAAUGAUGGUUUAAGGGUGUGGUUAAAUGUGUAGUUAGUCAUCACAUAGUUAUUAAACACCUACCAUGUGCUCAGUGCUGUAGGACUCAAACCUAGAAGAGAUGCAGCUCCUGCCUCUGGCAAGUUUACUGGCUGUGCAAUAGACAAAACACCAGGAUAUAAUUCAAAAGCUAAGUUAUAUUUGGCUAACUUUCUGGGAGCACAGAAAAAGGAGGACCCACGAGGGCUGGAAGAGGCAAGGAUGACUGCAUAGAAGAUGUUAGACAUGAUCCUAAAAAGAAUUAGUGAGGAGAUCGCGCCAGGCCAAUGAGUAGGAAAGGUCACGGUACGUUCCCUGUAAAUGGUUCUAAACUACAUGAAAAUGGCAGCCAUAGAUCAUUGUUUUUCCCAAGACAGACAAACUGGUCCUCUUAAAAUCCCCAAAUUAUCCCAGAUUGGCUCCCUCCAGUUUUGUCCCCUUGAGGAAGAUAACUGCCACAUUGUCAUAUUCUUCCAUGCCGGGGAGCCCCAGACUCGGUCACAAAAUAUAAAUUGCUUUAAAGCCACUUUGGACUGGUUGAUGUAGCCAUUUUUCCAGUACACCAAACCAUGAGGCAUUGUUUAAUCUAUUGUCGCCCAGGCAGAUGAAUACCCAGAGAUUUUCCUUAGCUACAUAUUAUCCAUAGAGGGCCUGGGAAGUGCACAGAUGAAGAUCAUUUUUUGUAACCAGGCAUUUUGUCUCCUUCUGGGUGACUGCACUGUGGAACUCUUCUUGAGAAAAUAUUGAGUAACAGCUUAAUGCUUUCAUAUAGUGAUUGUGACGUUUAGUUGAAAACCGCUGCUUAGCAAACAUUGUGACUCUGUGUUUGUCCACAGGAGCUCUUGUCUGGGUUAAAGCUAUGAAAUUUAUUCACAUUGUGAAGUUUUAAUUCUCUUUAUUGAAAUUAAUUGUGUUAAGACUGUGUGUGCUCUAUUAGGUAUUCAGACUGUAUGUGAAUUCUGUAUAGAAAGUGGUUUUUGUUCUUUGGGUUUAUCUUGUUUUAUUUUUCUGGAGAUUGCAAUAAAUAUCUAAG